AAACAAUAAACAAAAUCGAAAACAGAACGUGUACUCGUUUUUUAUCCUAUCCCGUUCGUUCAAGUCAUUCACCUUUCCAUAAAUUGCUUUUGUUUUCAUAUUUUUCCCUGGCCGUUCGUCGAAAAUCGAUCAUCAUCAGGUCCGCGCACAAUCGCCGCAAUUAUUUCAAGCCGUCGAUCGUCUGUGCAAGCCGCCGUGCGUUGAUCAGUGCGUUUCGAUUUUGCUUGUCGUUAUGAAGUCCGUUCGUUAUCGGAUGGUGUCUAAAGAGGACGAUACAUUUUAAAAUAUUCACAAAUCCUCUUCGCUAAUCGUUUUUUGUAGUGUUUCUCGAGUGCGACCGUUCAAAGUUCGUGUAGCAGUCUUAUCGUUUCACCGAAAGUCGUACGAGAAGCUUACAUGUUCCUGUCCAUAUGAGUUGCAAACGAGAUACCAUGGCUGAUAUAAUGGUGCAUUCAGCUGAUAAUUCACCUCGUCGUGAGGUAUAUCGUUGUGGUAUGCUGUCUCCAGUACUUGGACCUCGCAGUAGUUUUCGUAUGAAUAGUGAACUGAAGCAUAGCCGUAGUGAUGAUUUAAUUUUACAAGGUGCUCCAUAUACUCCACAUGAUAUGCAGCAUGGUAUUAGUGAUGCUGCAUUUCAAAUUCAAAAAGAUGCUUGUGUGGUGUAUGACGAUGAAGUAACUGAUCAUAGAUCUUCUGCGGCUUGCUAUGAUUCUCCUAUUGUUAUUCAAGAAUCAAAUCCUACCCCAUUAUUAAAGCUCACUGGUGAUUUUUCAUCGGAAGGUGCUAAUAAAAGAUGUAGUGUUGUAGAUCGUAUUGAUCCAGAAGACAGUAUUGGUGAUAUAAUUUCUCAAAAUGAUUUUUACAGAUUUGUACUAUUCAAACGUCACUAUGAAAAGUAUCUGGAUAUAUCCCGAAAGUAUGAAGAAGCUCGUAGUUUGGCAUAUUAUUUGGAAGAAAAAUAUCAUGAAAUCAAAGCAGAACGUGACAGCUUAAUAGAUACUCAUCACGAGUUGGAGAAACAGCUAGUGACUAGGGAUCUCGAACUACACGAAAAAGAAGAAGAACUAUUUUUACAGCUAGAAAAGGUUAUAAGGCUAGAAGAAGACUGCGAAAAAUUGCGCACAGAAAAAGACAAAAUGGUAAAAUGGAAAGAUCGUCUAGAGCGAGAAAAAAAUGAAGCGUACAAACAACUUCGGCUUCAAGCCGAAUCUUCAGAAAUCACCAGGCGUAACUUGGAAAGAGCUCGUUUGGAUGCGUUCAGACAGUUUUCGGAGAUUGCUGCCGAAAAAGACACACUUGAAAGAGAGAAUUCCAGACUGAAGGAAGUGUUGGAAGAUUUGGGCAGAAAAGCUGACUUGUACCACACCAACAGCAGACAAGCGAGUCAAAAAGCUAAACGUGUUUCCGGCUUGGAACGCGAAGUUAACGAAUUGAAAAUGAUGGCUAAACAGUCGGCUACUUUAAACAGUCAACUGCAGAAGGGUAUGAAACACUUGGCUACGUGCAGGCGCAAGAAAUGUUCCGUUUGCUCUUACACGAGAGCCACAUUCGGGGAGUACACGUCGAACAGUAACGGGGAAAAGACUUCGAGGUUUAUCGGAGGUUGUUUUCCGCUCGACGAGCUUCGCCGUUCCUCCGACCGGAUGUCCACGUCGGACAUCGAACUGGAGUGCGCUAAACUCGCGGAACGGCUGUCGGCGUGCUCGUUCCCGCACACGCCGCCGUCGACACCCGAACGGUCCGUGGCCAGCGGUUCGCUGUCCCGGUUCGUAUCGUACAUCGACGACGCGUUCUCGUCGGCCAGCGAAGACGAAGACGUGUGCAUCGGCGUCGGCGGCCGACCGGCCAAGUGCACCAGCAGCACCGCCAGCCGCCGUCAGUUCUCGUCCGACUCGGGGAUCUCUUCGUCGUCGGCCACGCCGACCGACCCGAACAAGAUGAUGCCGGCCGGCGGCGGCUGUCACCGGUCGUCGUCGUCGUUCAACCGGUCCGCCAAGUGGACGUCGUCGUUCAGGAAGCUCAUCAGGCGCGUGUCCACCAAGAAACAAUGCGGCGAAUCCUAAUCUCCUCGCCACCGCCGUCGACUCCUCGGAACGACACGGGCGUCGUACAAGUAAUACCGUAUUACUUUUUCGUCGACCUGUUGUCGUCACGCCAUCAUCAUCAUCAUCACGUAUGCUUGUUUUGUUUUUCUCUUUUUUUUUAUUUUUAAUACUUUUAGUUCUCGUAAAUAGUUUUCGUCAUUACUAUGUGUGGUACUACCGCUACCACUAUUACUACUACUGCGACGACAAUAAUGAUAUCUCGUUGUUGUAGUAUGUCGAAUCUAUCUGUUGUCGUUAAUUGUGCGCUGUAGACAGUGUAUAUUAUGCUGUUUUUGAAAAUUUAUCCCGCCGUCUUAUUGUUACGGUCGUUUGUUCACUCAAAGGUUGUGCUGCUUACACGGAAUCCUUAAAAUACAUUUACGUGUUCGAAUAAUAAAUAUUCUAGGUGCUGAAAUCCUGACGAUAAUAUACCUUGAUGAAGUAUACGUACUACUACUGUACUAUAUUUUUCUCGUUCUCAUAUCUCCUUCUUUAUUGGUCAUAUUGUUUUUAUUAUUAUAAUUUUUAACGCUAUAAUUGCAGUAUUAAUAUAUUUAUCAUAUAAAUAUAUCGUUAAAUUUCAUUUAAACUCAUCAUUCCUAUAACAGUUUUAUUCCUAUUAUUCCUAUCUAUAAAUGAUUUCUUCCGUUCGAUUUUUCGAUUCUACGCUUAUUUGUUGUAUCACAUGUUUUUUUUUUUUUUUUAUUGAAGUGUUGCAUUUAUUACAGUAUCUAUUAAAAUGUUUACGAAUUGAUGAGAAUCAGAAGUAACGAAUGUUUGUUAUAAUAAAUUGAAAUUAGUUAAUAUUACAAUAUUCCUAUAU